AUGCAUUCCUCUUUGAACCGCAUCCAGGCUGUAUUCGGCUUCUUCACUACAGUCGCGCUGGUUGUCAGCGCCCUGGCAGCCGUCUCAGUACUCCUGUUCCCAGCAGACGAGACCAAUGCCUCCGUGCAACUAAAGAACGUGCAGGUCGUCAAAGGCCGGCCGCACUACUACUCGACGAAACGCGAAGAAUACGCACAGUUCCGCUUCGAUCUCGACGCCGAUCUGAGCCCGCUCUUCAACUGGAACACAAAACAGCUCUUCGUCUACGUCUAUGCCACUUAUUCCUCAUCCGAUAAGCCCGGCUCGCAGGUCCGCGACUCCGAAACAAUCAUCUGGGAUACCAUCAUCUCCGCACCACCGUCGCCGUAUUCCUGGGAUGUCCUGAAAGACAAGGUCCUUGCGCAUGUUCCUGAAUCUGUUUCUUCGUUGGCUGCUUCAGCUGCGAAAAGGAACGCCAAGCGCCAUGCUAAGCCAUCCAAGUCUGUCAAGAAAAAGAAGGACGCUCCGGCGCCCGGGGUCUUGAGGCUGCGUGGCCAGAAGGGCAAGUACCAGGUUAGUGAUAUUACCGGUCGUCUUGCGGAGCGCCAGAAUGUCACACUUCAUGUUGGCUGGAAUGUUCAGCCGUGGGUUGGGGCUCUGUUCUGGGCGCCUGGUACUGGUGCCGUGCCCCGGACUGCAGGCACAAUUGUCAGUAGUGAGCCUUUUGAUUUCCCUGAGUUGAAGGGGAAUAAAAAGGCUGCUACUGAGGAGAAGGCUAAGGAGGCCCAGAAGGCUAGUGCAUAA